AUGGUGGCCCAACGUCAACCUAUGAAGUAUAAAAAAAAUAAGCUCUAUACUGACGAGGAAGCCAGAAAACCUAGAGAAUGCAGCAGAUCAUACAUGGAGCUCAUACACAUACAUCUUUGUGUUCCAGUUCAUCAUAAACUCACACUUCAGCCAGCUACUGCAAGUACUGCAACUAGUCCCCGAAACAGUCCCACUGUCACACAGACUGUUAAAAAGUUUGCGCGACACACAGCGCCGGCUUUUAGCUUUAUUUGUUUGUUUGUUUGUUUGUGUGCCGCAAAUUAUUAUUGUUAUGUAAUAUAUGAGGAGUAUACCAUUGUGUGGGGUCCGUGUGACACCACUUGUAUAGAGUGCAGCUACGCGCGGUUAGUGGAAGUUGUACCGAGCAAUAACAACUUUAGACAUCGGAUUACGUAUUAUAUUUGGACAUGUUAUUCAGAAGAUAAUCCAAUAUUUCUAUUACAUGAACAUAUUAUAUCUAAGAUCGUGCGGUGCAGUAAGAGAGCAUUGUUUCAGUGCGAUGUAACGAGGUUACGUGUCGACGCGACGUAUGAAAGCCGAUACGAGAACAACAAUCUAAUCAGCCGCGAUACCGAGCGGGUCAGGCAGCGAGGAGAACAUUCCCGGACACACUCGCUAGCGUCUUCUGAUUGCCUGCUACCUAUACAGGAAAUAAAAUAUUUCUCUCUACGUUGUGCCCCUGUAGACAGGCGACGGCUUGUACUACUAACCAUUGUGUAA